GUUCUAAAUAAUACGUUUAUUGGUCAAGAUGGUGAUAUCGUUUAUUCGAAAAACAAUGUUUGCAUUCAUGAUGUUCGUAAAAAUGACCAACAGGAUACCGAUGAUACCAUACAGCAUAUUCCUGGAUAUUUGACAUUGCAAUGUCAAAGUGAUGAUACAUUAGGAAUUACUCUUAUCUUACAAUGGCUACCUAAUGCAACUCUUGAAAAAAAUCCGAGAAGCAUUCGUAGUGUAUCACAGAAAAACCAAAAUGUUGAUGGUACCAGUUAUGAGCGAACAAAAUUUCGAAGCAUCAAUAAUCAGGUAUCAUUUUAA